CUACUUAACUAUAAAAUAAAUUAUUGGACACCUCGAUGUUUUUUUCUCUCCAUAUUUUACAGUCUUUUGGGGCCAUUGGUCAUACACUACCAAAGAAAUCAAACAUGGAAAGCAAUCAAAAUAAAUUAUUCACCAAGUGAAGGUAUAGAUAAAAAAAAGACAUAAAUCAAAUUUAAUUAGGUAGUUUAUGUAAAAACCUUUUCUGGUAAUAAAAACAUCAAAUUCUCUAUUGUGUGGAGAAACUACUUAUAAGCAUUUCUCUGCUGUAAUUUUGACUCAUUCGUCAGUACAGAUUAUUCACUCUGGUCUUCAGGUUUUUUUUUUUUAACAUACAUUUUCAAAUUGAUGUAGUGAUUGACUUGGUCCUUUUCACAGUUUUGCUUCCUCUCAAGCCAAGUAAGAGUUUCACUGGCUGCGCGUUUGGGACUAUUGCUCAGAAAUCCACACCUUGUUUCGUCUUCCAAGUUUUCAUCAAAAAUGCCCUUGUUCAUUUCUCCAAUCAUCCUCCCUUCAAUUAUAUGAAGUCUGCCAGCACCAUAUGUGGUGGGCCAGCCCACGGCAUAAUGUUCCCACCUGCAAACUUCACCUUUGGCAUAGUGUUUUGGUGGUUAUAUGCAGGUCUAUUCUUCCUCCAAACAUGAUGCAUGCACUGAAAUCCAAAGAGUUCAACUUUGGCCACAGGUAAUUAGAUUACAUUUUCCCAGUAUUUAACUGGCAUGUCCAAACCUUCUGCAGCUUUUCCAGCCAACCUGAAGGGGAUUCUUUGUUAGAUAGUUUAGAUAAAUGCAGCAAAUAAAUGAAGGUGAAGAAAAAUGCUCUUGAAAAAAUGCAACUGAGUGCAAAGGUGUUGAGGAGAAGAGUUCAAAAUUUUGAAAGAAAUUCAUGAAAAACUGAACUUCUGGUGAAGGUGCUAUAAAUUGGCUGUUUUUGAUUGAGAUUUUUAUUUUCAAACAGUUACAGUUUGCAAAAGAGUUUGACCUUGCGACAGAUUCAAUCAGCAGGAAGGAUAGAUUGUUCACCGUAAAUUGUUGUUGUGGACAUAGAUAUCAAAUUAAGGACAUGUAACACUAGUAGAUCUGUAAUGACAUUAUUUCUAAAUUAAAAAAAAUUUCAAAGUCAAACUUAAAUCAUUUAAAAUUAUUUAUAGCUAAAUCCGAGAGGCCUUUGCUGGUUUGGGGGUCACUAGCAACAACUUAGUUUGCUUAUGGUUCAAGUAUACAAAAUAAAGUUAUCUAGCUUAAUAACCUGUAUAAAAGUUUAUCGCUGUUACUUCAAUUUUUGUGUCUCUGGAGACUGCCCUCUGGGCUUCAGGCUUAGCUACUCUCCAUGGUGCUGAAGUUGCAAAAUUUUCAAUCAGAGCCCAUAAACCGGAACUUAACAGAAAAAUACCAAACAUAUUAAGAAGCAAUUGCUAAAUGAAGCACCAGUUCAAGCUUUGUGAAUGUCUCCCACACUCUUACAUGCCUUUUCCAUCAACCUAGUUCGUUUUGCUUUGGUAAAACAAGCUGCUUUAUUGAUGAUAUUUGGUGACCUGAUCUCCUUGUGAACAUUGAUGACUGUCUGCUGGACAACUGUCAAAACAGCACUGCUCCAUUGUUUAGGCUACAAUAUCCCAAUAACAUGACGUUUCUACAUGGAAAGUCAAUUUUAACGAUAUUAAAUUCAAAUUCAAAAAUAUAUUAUUGACCUCAAAGCAAAAUUGAGAUCAAUAAUGAUCUCAAAUGUGGCUCAAUGUUGGCUUUUCAUUCAUUUUGAGCCAUAAUUAUAAAAUUUAGAUGACAUAAAUACUUGAACUAUCACAAUUUGUGAUCUGGAUGUGAUGAUGAGUUUCUUUUUUUUUUUAUGAAUUACUAAAAUAAGUUAACUUUCUUAUGAUUGUCUGAUUUAUUGACAUGAACUUGUCAAUUCCAAACGUAUCUUUCUCCACAGACCCUUAGAUCAGCUGACCAGCUGCUUUUAGGUGACCCCCCAAAAAUUAAGAGUCAAUGGAUUUUUAGAGUGGAUGUAUCUUUUUUCUGUUUUGGCUACUAAACUUUAGAAAACAUAUUUUAUCUAUUGUAUUAUUGUGCAGCACCUUGUGCAAACUUGCUAAAUAUGCUUCACAAUAAAUUUAAUUUGUAUAAAUUUAGACAAGUGGAGUUGUAGGAACUGGUAGACUUAACUGGGGACACCCAAAAUUAUAUUUUGCUUUUGGCAUCAUUAUUGCUUUUGGAUAUUGUAAAGCGUUAAAGCAUUAAAAUAUCCUCAGGAAAAGCAGGAGAAUGUAGCAUAAUUCUCACGCGAAGGUGACGCAAAUUAAUGACAGAAGUCAUCAAAACGCUGAAACAUUUACAAGUACCGCUUACCUUUAUGCACAUUUCCUACCUAACAGUUACCAUUUUCAAGCAAAGCCUGCAAUUCUUCUCCUCCACCAAAGUGAGGCAUCGUUCACCACUUUACGUGUUGACAUCAGCGGCACAACGUGCUGCGCCGAACUUGUGCGUGUGUCGCUCGGCUUGCCACGACUCGCCGUUUCUGGUCCAUCUUGAGAAGCAGGCAGAUGUAGUGUUGGGUGCUGCUAAAGAAGGGGCCGUUCGAGCGUCUGUCCAUGAAUCCUACGCCUCGUCUCGUCGCCUGCGUUGCGUGUUCUGGUUUGUAAAAGGCUCUCAGCCCCGCAGACGGAGCUGCGGGGAGGGGGAAAAGAAAGAUCUCGCGAGAGCUCCGAGCACGGGCUCAGCUGGCCGUGGCUUUGCAGCAGACGGAAGGAGAAGGCAGGCGAGGCAGGCAGGCAGCAUCAUGGCGGACAGAGACAGUGGAAGUGAGCAGGGAGGAGCGGCCACGGGCCCAGGCUUCGGCUCCAUGCACCUAGCGGCAGGAGGGGCGGGCUCGGCUUCCGGGCUCCAGCAUGAGACGCAGGAGCUGGCGUCAAAACGGGUCGACAUCCAGAACAAGCGCUUCUAUUUGGACGUUAAGCAGAACGCGAAGGGCCGCUUCUUGAAGAUAGCCGAAGUCGGGGCCGGCGGAAACAAGAGCCGCCUCACUCUCUCCAUGUCCGUGGCGGUCGAGUUCCGAGACUACUUGGGGGACUUCAUCGAGCACUACGCCCAGCUGGGACCGAGCAACCCUGGGAUGGUACAGGACGAGCCCAGGCGGGCGCUGAAAAGUGAGUUCCUGGUCCGGGAGAAUCGGAAAUACUAUAUGGAUCUGAAAGAGAACCAGAGAGGACGGUUUCUGCGGAUCAGACAGACCGUUAACCGGGGGCCCGGGUUGGGAUCGACGCAAGGCCAGACGAUCGCUCUGCCCGCACAGGGACUUAUUGAGUUUCGCGACGCUCUGGCUAAACUUAUUGACGAUUACGGCGUAGAGGACGAGCCCGCGGAGCUGCCGGAGGGAUCGUCGUUGACUGUGGACAACAAGCGGUUUUUCUUCGACGUCGGCUCCAAUAAGUACGGCGUGUUUAUGAGGGUGAGCGAGGUGAAGCCCACCUACCGCAACUCUAUCACGGUGCCCUACAAAGUGUGGUCCAAAUUCGGGAAUACUUUCUGUAAAUACGCCGAGGAGAUGAAGAAGAUCCAGGAGAAGCAGCGGGAGAAAAGGGCAUGCGAGCUGCAGCAACAAGAGGAGAUGCAGGCGGACGAUGGAGACGAGGAUUGAUAAUAGAGAAAACGUGCAAGAGUAAUGAAAAAUAACAAGAGAAUUAAAGUAAAAACUCUACUGUAUAAAGAAAGAAUCUAAAUAUUUUAACUGUAAAGGUUUAACUCCAAGGGAGCAUCACUCUCAGUAUAAGAAACCACAACCUGACAGUUAUGACAUGUUGUCACUCAUCGCUGGAUGUUGCCCCACUUAUCACCAUUAAUACAGUAACAGGCUGCUAAACAAAGUAAUAACAUUAUAUUUGAACAUUGAUUCCUACUUGACAAACAAUAUUGAACGGAGUGUUUAUUUCCCUUAUUAACAGAGAACUUUUGUACCAGUUAAAGCUAUUGUUAAAAAAAAAAAGGAGAAGAAAAAGUGUUUGCGAGGUCAGGGGUCCUUUACAUGUGAGCUAAUGACUUCAGCACAAAUCAGAUAUUUUAAUUUUUCAAAAAAACAAAACGAAACAAAAUUCCAAAUCUUUGUGAAAGGUUGUCACGUGUACUUGCCAUCCUAUUUACCUUUACCUGUGAGUGGAGAUGUGUUUACACAUAAAUCAUAUAUACGAGGGCUAGGCCUGCUAUGGAAACUGGUUAGAUGUCAUGCAGUAUAUAAAAAAAAAGGAAUAUAUAGGCAUUUUCAUGAAAUGAAAUAAGUGCUAUCUUUGUUGUGCAAUAUGCAUUUCAGAUAAAUCGAUUUAUAUUGAACUGGUCAACAGUUGACAUGGCCGUUGCUAGAGGCAUUCAAAGAAAUAUAGAUAUUGUAAUUUUUCUUUUUUUUUCUGUUUGAGUUGAAAUUGUUGCCAUGCAGAUCGAUAUAUUAUAGACUACCUUUCUGUCUCGUUGUUGAUGCAAUGUGGUAAUUAGAAAAGGUACGUUAUGUGUAUUUGAUAGAGGAAAUGCGGUGACAACAUGUAGCAAUUUGCCCUAUUUGCAAAUUACUUAACAAGACACACACAAGAGCUGUGUUAAUUGGCCCAGUUAAAUGCAGAGACGCAUUGAAAUGAGUGGAAAUGGAGAUGCACCGAUCACGAUUGAUAGUUUUCUUUAAAAUCCAACCAGCUAAUUCUUUUGUGUUUAUCACGGUCUAUUAGAAAUUGAAGGCAUUAUAAUUUUUCUGAUGUCUUUUAGGUGUACUUUUUAAAGUUUUAAAACAAAUUUCUAAGUACAUGCUAUUUGUUGAUGCUUUUUUUUUGUGUUUUUUUUUUUUAUGCAUUUAGAGAAUAGGAAAAGCUUCCCCCCGCCCCCAAUAUUUGACCUGCAGAUAACUGAUCGGAGUCGAUCAAGGCACAGUCGUCUGACUCCGAUCGAUUGUUUGGUGCAUCUCGACCCUAAUAGUAACUUUUUGUUGACAUGUCUGGUCUUUAGAGAUGCACCGAUCACUUUUUAUUUUGGCCAGUAACGUUUUGUGAUUAGCUUUCGGUGGGGAGAGGUCAUCAUCUGGGUAAAUGAUCGGUGCAUUUCUAUCUGAAACAUCUUUCCGUGAUCUUGUUCAGUCACAAGAGUCUACAUGGUGCCAAGCAGUGCUAUUGCUGCAUGUUAACCUGCACUAUAUGAACUUUUUCAUUGAUACGAAUCUCAAGUUUGAGUACUUAUCCAAAAGGCUUCGGCAUAGUUAAAGCAGAAAUGGUAAUCAGAAUAUCACAGUUGGUUUAGAAGGAGGCCCCCCUACCCCCCCUAGGUGCACACCUGGCUCAGCUGAGGAGGAGGAGGAGGAGGAAGAUGAUGAGGAGGGGGUUUAGUCACCUGUUGGUGGUUCUCCGACUUUAGCCCUACAAGUUUAAGGCCUGAGUGGUUACUUUGGAUGCACGCUUGCAGCUUUACGUCAGAUUUGGGAUUGGAGGCAGACUGGUUCUAUUUGUAAAUAUUCGGGCUGCCACUUGUUAAAAAGACUGGUUCUGCAACCAGUUCAGUCGCAUCUCAUAGAUGUUCGAUAGCAGUUUUAUAAACUCUUUUGUCAGUAAACUCCAGAGAAAUUGGCAACAAUCGGAUUAUUUCAGAUUUACCUCAUCAAUGAAUCGAACGAUUGCUCCCGCCUUCCAAUUGACUGGAAACCAGCAAAACUAGACUGUCCUUUUCCUUGACCACCUUAUUUUUCAGGAGCAUCCAGAUUAAAGCCUAAACCACAUCUGUAUGGGGGAGCGUCCACUUUCAGCAUGUAAAACAACCUGGUGCCUUACACACUCCGCAUGCUUACACGCUGGCCUGGUGCUUUGGAUUGCAGUUUUAGCUUUUCUUUUUCACGCUUCUUUUUCUUCUUCUUCUUCUUCUUCUUCUUCCAGUUUUGUCUCGGCCCCCUUGUGUGCUAGCGCACGACUCGUGGUGCUAAAAGGGUUUGCUACAAAUCCUGGGAGCAGAAUUCUUAACUCUCUUUCUGCUACCUUCCUUUCUUCCCUAUAUAACUCCAUUGCCAUUCCCUUUUUAGCCAUCCAGGUAUCGGCCUACAUGUAAACAUGGAAGGGGGUGGUCACCUCGAUGCAAGACGAUGCAGAGGGGCAGGCUUGUGUCUCGCUGAGCGGGGGCUAAUUGUGGGAAAUAAGACCUCGACGGUAAGCCCCCACCCCACUUAAAUUGCUAAUUUUCCAGCUUAAAAGGUUAAGUGGUGGUUAUAUGUGGCAGUAAACGGGCAGUAGCGAACAUAACUAUUAUUUUUUUCUUCUCUAAUUUAAAUGUAACUCUACCUUUUCAGCAUUAUUCCACUUUAUUUGUGAUUUUGGAAUGUUUUUGCCCAUGAAAGAGAUAUAUCUAUUUUAUUUUUUUGCUUUCCUGUGCAACAUUUCAUCACUGUGUGCAAUAUCAUAUGUGCCAAUGGUGGCAAUAUAUGUAUAUCAAUUAAAUAUAUGAUUAUAAUUUGAAAAGCAUGUGACUGAAUUCCAUGUGUUUUUCUCAUGAAGGAGUCGUACGCCUUUAUUUGCACUCAAAAGUUUCACCCUGGAGAGAGAAAGAGGAAAAAAAAAAAAAAAAGCAGAAACCAAGGGUCUUGGCAGCCUGUUGGGUCAAGCAGUUCACAAAUGUACUUUAACUUGAAACAGAACAUUGUCACUGCAAUGUGUCCCUCUGAGAAAAGGGUCGUGGGUUGUUGAAGAUAGACUAUAAACAUCCAAAUGGAGGUUGUUUUUGUUUUUUUUGUUUUUGUAUGAAAGGAAAAAAAAAAAAAGAAGAAAUCUCCAUUUUUAGCUUUAAGCUAAGAAAAGGUGCUUCAGUCUAAAUCCUCAUUAAGAUGUAUGGUGAACUGUCUUUCAGUGGUUGUUGUGUGUAGCACUUUGUUUUUCCCAGGUUAAUGAAACGCCUGACCAAUACUUGUUUAACAAUGAUCUCAUCAAAGAAUGUUGUUCUUUCUUUUAUGUUGCCUCUUUUUCUUUUCUUUUUUGUUUUUGUUCAGAUGAUAUAUAUGAUUUGCUCAUUUGAUGCAUUAAGUAUAAUUUAUGUACAUUUGACAAAUUUAAAAGAAAGAAUAAAUUUAUUUCUCCCACUAUGUCUUCCCCCCACCCCCAAUGUUUUGUUUCCUGUGCAGGAGGGUCGGGGAGCAAGAAAAAGUUUAUUUUUGAUGUAGUGUUGUCUACGAUGUCUGAAUCUGCGUUUGCAAUGAUACUAAUUACUAAAGCUUAAUUUUACAGCCUCCAACAUGCAAACCUUUCAACUAUUUAAUGACUUAUGUCUUCUUGGAAAAUUUCAAAGUACUGUAUAUGUAAUAAAUGCCAGGCUGUAAAAUAAAGCAUUACUUUGUUCUCUAA